UUUCUUCUUCCCCUUUCCCCUCUGCCCGCUUUUAACACUUGCAUAAGGCCAAAUACAUUGUGCGCCGAAUUUGUGAAGCAGCGUGGUAAAAGGAGGUUUGAGGUUGUGUAUGUGUGGAUAUACUUGAACGUACAUUCUGAAGUGCAAUAUUGGUCAACCGAUCUUAACUUUGUGAAAACAGCCAAUAUGAAGGAUGAUGGAGCAGACAUGAAGAUGGCCAUCAUUUCUGGAGAUCAGAUAUUUGAUACUGGAUCUAGAAUGUAUGAAUUAGAAAUUGAAAGUGAUGAUGAUGGAGAUGUGAGUGAUGCUGAUGAACUUCAUGAGCAGUUUGUGGUUCCAUAUAGUUUUCAUAAUGAAGUUGCUGUAGCCACACACAAAAUCUACAUCCUGCAUAUGAAUGUGAGCUUAACGUCAAAUCCAAGAGUGGCUGUUGCACUAUCAGAUCAGUCAAGUGUCAUUUAUGAUGUUAAUCAGUUGACCAAAGUGGAAUCAUUAUGUGGACACAAGGGGCCAGUAGUGAACAUCAAAUUCAGUCCAAAUGAUGUACAUUUGGUAUAUUCUGCUUCUGCUGAUGGCACAAUCAAAUUGUGGGAUUUGAGGAUAGGAAAUCAAACUGUUAAAGAAUUCAAAGAUGAUACAGAGGGUUCUGAAAAUUUGAAACCACUGUCAGAUUUUGAUGUUGCUUCCAACAGCCAUUUUAUAUGUGGUGGAACAGAGCUCAUAGAUGAUGAUGCAUUUCUUCUCUUCUGGGAUCUACGUUCAACAACUCUUCUUGGUGGAUAUUGGGAGUCCCAUACUGAUGACAUUACACAGGUGUGUUUUCAUCCAACAAAACAAGACAUGCUUGCUUCAGGAUCAACAGAUGGUUUGAUCAACAUUUUUGAUCUCAGUAAAUCACAUGAAGAAGAUGCCCUUCAGCAAAGUCUGAAUACAGAAUCUUCAGUGGAAAAAAUUGGUUGGUUUGUUCAGGAAAACAGUAGUGACAUGUUGUCUUGUAUAACACAUACUGAAAAUCUGCAGCUGUGGACAAGUGAUGGGGCAUAUCCAUUCCUUCAAUUUUCCAGGGAUAAGAUAUGUCAUGCAAUGCAGCGGAAAUGUGUUGAAAGCUGCUUCAUAGUUGAUGCACAUCAGACUAAUAAACCUGGAGAGAUAUUGCUGCUGACUUCCUCAACAGCUGGACGAGGAGAGUGUCUGAGGACACUUACAGUGCAUAAGCAGAAGCUGAAACCACAGUCAAAUCUUGCUGGUAAUAAGCAGAUUGUCCGGGCAAGUUGCUAUGACAGGAAUAGUGAAUUACUUUUGACUGGAGGUGAGGGUGGACUAUUAUCCCUGUGGAAACCCAGAACUGAAUCUGAGACUGACUUUGAUACACAUUUGAAGAAGCAGCAGAAGUUAAAGCAGCACCAAAAGAAACCAUAUUAAAUAGAACUGGACUUCCUUUGACCACAAGAACAUGAACUGGGAUUUCUUUAAAGCUUCUGAAACAAAUUUAUUUGUACUAAGAACUAUUAUUUGUCUACAGUUAAGUAUUUACAACUACUUAAAGCCACACAGUCUAAGCAAGAAAACUACUACAAUCCCUUCUGGUCACAAGCAAUUUAUAGAUGGCAUGUUGUCAUCUACUUUGAUGACAGAAACAUGAUAAGCCUGAAAAAAAUGAAAGAAAAUUCUGUCAAACAUAGUUAAUUUAAAAAUGCUAGCAAAAAUAAAAAUUACCCUUUACAGCAUAUACAACUUAAUA